GGAAGUAUAUAAGACAUGUUGGAGGUACCAAGAACACAAGAAGCAUUAGGAGCAUCUGAAACCCCUUCAAAUCACCGCGCCUACAUCGAGAGAUUAAGCAAAAAAGAAAUGACUGGAGCUGCUGUGUCUGUGUGCCUACUUUUUCUGCUGUCUGUAUGCUCCGCUUGUUACAUCUCUAACUGUCCCAUCGGUGGAAAGAGGUCCAUCAUGGAUGCACCGCUGCGAAAGUGCAUGUCUUGUGGCCCCGGAGACAGGGGCCGCUGCUUCGGCCCCGGUAUCUGCUGCGGGGAGGGCCUCGGCUGCCUGCUGAGCUCCCCGGAAACGGCUCGCUGCGGGGAGGAGAACUACCUGCUCACCCCCUGCCAGGCGGGAGGGAGGCCCUGCGGAUCCGACGGGGGACGCUGCGCUGCUUCGGGUGUCUGCUGCGAUUCAGAAAGCUGCACCACAGAUCAAUCCUGCCUCGUGGACGACGAAGGAGACGAGCAGGCCGGUCAGUUUGAAGGCAGCGACCCCGGUGACAUCAUCCUGAGGAUCCUGCACCUGGCUCGUCUCAAUUCUCCCCAUCGAGUUCACCAAUGAGCCGCCGCUGACCGCCAGGAGGCCGCUCAGCCGCAGAGACGACGCGGGACUCCUGUUUGCAGUUCACUUAGUUGUACCUCUAUGUUUGUCGUUGCUCCGUCCCCCGGCGUACUUGUGUAGAGUGCCUUUUGUCAACAUAUAUUUUUAUGUAUUAAAAGAAGGAUGAGUAUUGAUCGUGGUCAUCCACAUACCUGCAUGUCGAAAUAAAGUUUUGAGAGAUUAUGAAA